UCACAUGCAGCUACAGGAGCGGGACAUGAGAACAGUCCCAUUUGCUGAUGCAGUGUGCGCUCACAGAGACUGGGAAGAGAUCAUUGGCGGGUUUCCACAUGUGUGGAUGAAGAAGCACUGUGGCAAUCCAAAGCUGAGUGCUGAUUACUAUCCCAUUUUGGCUUGGUAUGAUCAGACGUGACAAAAUUUAAGGCUGAUAACUGUUGGAGAAGAAAAACAACAGAGCAGAAGGCCGGACAAACACGCAACGUAACAGAGGGAGUUCCUGAAGACGGAGAGAAGAGAGGAAAACUGAGUGGAAGAAGCAGAGGGGGAGUUGAGAGGUACAUUUACGGAAACAGAGAAGCACUUGAGAUAUUCAGAGGAGUGAAGGAUAGAGAGCCACAUAAAGGAGAGAGGAGACAGAGGAAAAACGUGGCCAAGCAUGAGAGAGGAGGAGCAGUCUAAUGAUGACCACCCUGAGGGAGGGGUGGUUUCCAGCGAGGAGAACACAGGAAGACCACCUUCUAACGCCUGUCCUGUUGUCGUAGCAACACCAGGGGUCACCGGGCGUAAACGGCAGACAGGCUCACCUACGGAGGAUCACGUUACAGCAGUAACUCCCGCUUCAUCAGGACACAAUGGCAAGGUCAAGCCAGGGGAGGACGUCCAGAUCUACACCCUGAACGGACCCAAAAGACUCAAGAGGAGUCCUCAACAUCGGCCGCCUUCCUCAGGCCCAUCCCUUUCUCCCGGUUCUGGUCCUAGCCCUGGAGAUCUCUCAGCCCUUGAAGACCCACACGGCCAGCGGGUGAUUGCCAACAUCCGGGAGCGCCAGCGGACGCAAUCUCUGAACGAAGCCUUUGCAUCGUUGCGUAAGAUAAUCCCAACGCUCCCCUCGGACAAACUGAGUAAGAUCCAGACCCUUAAAUUGGCGUCACGUUAUAUUGACUUUCUGUACCAGGUUCUGCAGAAUGACGAGAUGGACACUAAGCUGGCUGGGUGUAACUACCUGGCCCACGAGAGACUGAGCUAUGCCUUCUCUGUCUGGAGGAUGGAGGGGGCCUGGUCGACCAUGUCUGCUGGUCACUAGCCCUGCCUAAAGGCAAGGUUUGUCUUUUGACUGACAGGGAAAUACUCUUACUUGAGGAGUCUCACCAGUGGACUAUUUAAGACCUUGACUUAGAUCAUCUGUUUGCCUCAAUGAUAAUGGAACGACUAUCUGACCCAUAAGCAUUUGGACGGAGAUGGUUUUUAAGCCACUAUUCCUUCAUAAGGUUUUCAUUGUUGUCAAGCUACUUAUCAGAUGGAGUCAUAUAGUUCUGUUGUUUUGUUUGCCCAAAGCAGCUAUUACUGCUCAAGUGUGCCAAUGCUAGCAUUAAAGACAAGAAUCACAACAGGGACAUAGUGCUCAGUGUAUGAUUCCUUGCGUUAAAGGAUUUUUUUUGGUACCUUGUUUACAUAGCUCACAAUAGAGGACAGGUGUCAGAUAAUAUCACCCGGACAUCAUUUAGCAUUCAUUCAGUUCAACAACCUGAUGGUUAAGAACAACCUGUCCUAAAUGUUGCCUCCACAUGACAGCAGGGCUCAUCCUGCGGGAGCCCUCUGACCCCUUGACUUUCACGGGUUCUGAAGCUUCACCUCUGGUUUCAUCCUCAUCAUCACCCUUGAUUUUAUUACCAUAACUGCCAUCUUUAUCAUCAUUGCUAUUGUCAUCCUCAUAACUAUGCAUAUUUUGAGCCAUAUUUGAACUUGUUAUCAUUUUUAUUUAACUUCUGCCUUGAGCUAGCAAGUGUGAAAAGUUUUGUAUGAUAUAAAAAGCAACUAGAGAAUGCAGAGGAGGGAUUCAAGGAAACUGGAAAGACAAAAUUGGAUGUUUCAAGAGACAUUGGACCUUUGACUUUCCCGUACCCUUUCAACUCCUACUUUUUCCAGGACUCUGACAUAUCAUGAAUCCCUGACCACCUCUGAACCCAAGCAACGGUGGAAAAAGUAGCCGCGGGCAGCCGUCGUCCUGACUAAAGUUUCUCCUAAACCGAGCCCCUUUGUUUCUUCUAGCGCCAAAAAAACUCUCCUCCUGAAAUUCUUUCCUCUCAUUCUGCCCCAAAUUUGCUUGCGUUGCACAAAACCGUGAUGCAGCUACAGCGAGCUGACGAGGAGGCGUAAUGAAAACAAACGGUCUCUAAAAGCCAUGAAUCAUGUGUGUCACCAUCAAAGGGGAGGCUGAUGUGGCUCCCUGCCGGGCUCCCAUAAACCACUGGAAGUGAUGGAGGAGCUGCUGGGUAAAGUGGCUGUGAUCCUCCCUGUACAUCUCUGCUUCAUGCUACCAUUACUGCCGUUCUAUUCAUAUGGACUUUGAUGCAAAUGGAACUUUUUAGUUACCUCACUUUGGGACAGACAUGGACUAUUUAAGAAUAUUAAAAGGCAUCUUGAUCAGGGUGCAGACUGACAUGGAGAAGGAGGACAUUUCUGGACCAACUUCACCAACAAGGACCUACCAUUUAUUCAAAACACAGAAAAAUGCAGAUGUCAGCUGAUAGGUCAAGUUGGACCUGUUUGUGUUCAUUUGUUUUGUUUCAUACUAUUUCCUCCUGGAUAUUGUUUUAAGGAAUCUUGUCACUGUAAGAGACUUACCCUGCAUAUAAAGCAAGACCUCAAUCUCAGAAACUAAUCAGUGUGUUUGUCUCUUGUAUGCCGUUUACAGGCUUUGUUUUUUUAGGAUCAUUUACUUGAAGUAUAUACAGCGUGGUGCUUUACAAAAAUGAGUGCCACUGAUACAGAAUGACUGAUGAUAAAUAACACGAGCAGAAAAAUCCCUGGAAAAACAGAUGCAGUGACACAUGCAGCAAAUGAAUCAUUGUCUGAGG